AUGGAAAAGAGAUAAAUUGAAUAAGUCUUAGCUAAGGAAGAAUCACUUGGUAUUAAGAAAAAAUUUAAACAAAUUUAAGAGCAAACAUUAGACAUACCAAAGCAUGAGCUCUGGCUAAUUUAUGAAUUUUGCGAAUUUAAUGCGCUAAAAACAUAAUUAGUUAUUGAACAUACUAAAAAGGUGCGUAUUAAAAAGCUCUUAAAAGAUAUGGUGAGUUUUCCUAAAUCUGCUUGGUAGCAUAUAGAAAGCAUUCUAUCUAAUUUCAAAAAUGAACUGGAGCAACUUGAGAAAGCAGAGAAAGAAGAGGAAGCAAAGAGAGAAGAGGAAUUGAAAAAAAAGAUUCAGGAAUAAAUAGAAUAAAAGACUAUUGAGCCAGGAAUAAUUACAAAAGUACCUGAUCACUUUAUUUUAGAUAUUGCUGAUUACCUUGACUGCUAUUCUUUAUUUAAAUUUUCAUUUGCAUGCAAAAAAUUUAGAUAGCUGAUCACAACAAAGAAUAAGCAAAUAUUUAAAAAGUUUUGUGUAGCUUUGUACAAGGAAGUACCUUCUCUUCCAUUGUAAACAGCUUUCAAUUCUAUAUAAGAUAUUAUGAAUGAGCAUCCUUAUAACUAUUCUCCUGAGCUAAGAUUAAGGGUAAAUCAAGAUGUGCGUAAAGUUGCAUGGAACUGCUAUAAUUCUGACAAACCUGUGCAUCUUCUUUACAAAACUAGUGCUAAAUUCUAUCAAAAAUUCAAUAAUUAUUAUACAAUGUUUAUGGAGGCUCCUCGUAUCCACUUUGGAGGAUAUUAUAUAUGUAAAGAAAGAUACACCAAAAUCGGAGAAAAGGAUUUGCAUCAUACUAUUACUCCUUUAAUUGAGAUAACAUAUUACAGGUAUUUCAGAUUCCUUCCAGAUGGUAGAAUGUUCUUUUUACUUUCAAAUAAAAAACUAAAAAAAGAUGCUAUUAUUAAAAGUUUAAGUUAAGAUUACUACCUAGCUGAAUAAUAUGAAAUGAACUAAUUAAAUAAUAAUGGCAAUAUGUUAGCUAAUCUUUAAGAUAAGUAAUAAAAUUAUGGUGAAUUUGUUUUAAAAGAAGAUUAUGUUUAUGUCAGAUUUAAUUCUUCUACAACUGUAUUCUAGUAUGACAUGAAAAUUGCAAGCAGUUCUUAUGGUGCACAUAAUCUUUUGAUAGUAGCCAACUAUUCUAUGCUUGAAAUACCUUUAAAUCAUAACUAUUCUUUAUACAAAGCCAAACCAGAAGAUUCCUCAAAAGUGUUCAGAUACAAGCCAUUAGAAGAGCUUCGUAUUGACUUAACUGAUCCCUAAUUUCAAAUAUACAAGAAAAUGUCCCUUUGA